CUUUAUUUUUAAUCAGAGGCUCAAGCCGUGGUGGAACGUGCGUCAGAGUAGCUGACGCGAAGAGGUUGCUGGGAGGUUAUAGGGGACCGAGAAUAGUUUGCUCAAGCUCGAUAAACUCAGCACUAGUACUUCAGUACCGUUGUUUCAGUAGCACUUGUUCACUAUUUUUACCUUCCAGAAAUCGAUUUAGUACUUGUACAACAUCUUUUGUCGAUAGUAUCAUCAGUAAAACUUUGUUCAGGAGAAACAUUUUGAAGAAGAAGAUGAGCACCGCCGCGUCUGUCCCACCAUCAGGCGGGGUGUCUGUCGCUAUCUGUGGCGGCGGAAUCGCUGCUGCAUCGGCUGCCGAUGCCUUGGCACAGAGCGCCCAUGUCUCCCGGGUGGACAUCUUCGAGAUGGGCAGGGGUGCUGGAGGCCGUUCCGCUAGUCGCCGUGUGCAGUUAGAAGGCCUAACGCAGUACUUUGACCAUGGUUUGCAGUACGUUUCUUCUCGACCCGGCAGCGACGCAUUUGAGGAGCAGCAGCUGUCAAUCUUGGCCGAGUGGGAGGACCGAAAAUUGUUGCGCAAGUGGGCUGACUGUCGUGGCAGUGUGGUGGACGUUGUUCAAGGCGAGAAGAGUCAAGAGCUAUGAUGAUGGUGUUUUUGGCCCUCCUCUGCGGUGAUUUACCUAUUUGUUUUGGCCACGCUUCAUCCACUUCAUUCGCGUCAAAGCUCGCAGAACACAUGGAUAAAUCAAGGAAUGUAUGAUCUUUACAACGUGCACUUAGUUGUAAUGUGCAUGAUCGUGUAAAACUAUGAUUUUGAUUGUUUGAUAAGAAGAAGUACCCGUACACCAUAGGCAUAGAAACUGCUCUAAAAUCCAAUGUUUUCGAACUUCGCGAACAGAAGGAAACGUCAGGAUCGGCUGAUGCGAGUGGACAGGCGGCUGCGUUGUCAUCGGAUCCGCACUCGUUUUACGACAGCAAACGGCCGAGGUAUGUUCCGUACCCUACUUCUAGCACUCUUGUGAAAGGGCUUUUACAGGGAAGUACGAAAAUUUGCGGAAUCUUUGGGGCUCGAGGAGUGCCAAAAUGGGACGCAGCAAAACGUAAAUGGACUUUGCAUGACUUCGCAGAGCCUACGAAAUUACUGCAUGACCAGGAAAAAGUUGAUGGCUACGACUUUGUCAUCGGAGCAGAUUAUGGAUGAUGUUUUUUCCAUUUUUCAGGCCAUCGAGUCUGCGGCCCUUUUUCCCCCUAAAACUGUGUAGGACCUAAGGUUAAGGAGGGCCUCGAUGGUCUGCCUAGAUGGGAUAGACGCCAUUCAUACAGAUCGGCUCUUUCUCAACAUCAAGGGUGAAGAACCAGACUGGAGCGUGGACCCGCUCCUGCAGCCACUUGCAGACAUAUUGAAGGCAGAGAUCAACGGGAUUCCGUCCUUCACAGCCUUGCUAGCCGUUUCGGCAGAGUCGAGUAUUGACUAGAUGAAAAUUUGAAUAAGUGGAUACCUAAUUCUAACCCGAAUAAGUCUUUUGACAUCAUUUUAGAAUCUAAUCUCGAGGUUGAGAUUAUCACUUUGUAGGCUACAGGUUCGCCGUGUAGCUCUGCGAUUCAAGUUAAGAGCACAACUGGUACAACUGUUGUUACGACAUCUUACAAUCAACAAUGAUGAUGCGUGAGUACUCGUCCCUAUUGAUGUAUGUCGUGAUAAAAAAGCUACUGCAGUGGCACGACAGGUCCUUCAUCUCCCGCAUUGGAAUCGGUAGGGGGCCUCAGAUUCGUGAACCAUCCCAUUCUUGGCUGGGCAUCGAAGCAGGUUCCAGCUAGCGGUUGCAAUAGCACCUGUUGGGUCGUACAGUCGAAUCGUGGGUGGACACUAGAGCGGUUAAAUCAGUUAGAAGACGAAUUUAGAGGAAGCGAAGGCGAAGACUUUGAUAAAUUCCGGACCCGAUGCAACGAGGUAGCGGAUAAAGAGGUGGGCGAAGCCUUCGUGUCUGUUAUGGUUUCAUAAUGAGGAGCAUUCUUUGUCGUACUUAGAGUUAGAAGAUGAGCAUGAAGAACUAAGUACUUACUCUUACACUUAGUUCAACCAGUACACCGACAACAGACCAAAGGUCGACUGUUAUUUUGCUAAAUAGCACAAGGUUGAUUCUUGGACUUUGGCUCUGAAAUUUGACUGCUGAAGAAAAGCAAGAACUCCUAGUUGUUUGGGAUUUUUUCGGCCGUCCAUUUUUAUGCGUUUGAAAGUGGCAAUUUUUUAGUAGGAUCUGCUUGUUUUUUUUGAGGCCUCUGUCAAGGAUUUACUACAAGUUCUCGCUUCAUAUCUUUACUGAAGCAGCUGAGCGGAGGAGACGUGAAUAUAAAACUUCGCGUGGGACAUAGGUGGGGAGCCGCUUUUCCGGAUCCAACUCCGCAACUAUUUACGCGCCUCAGUGAUUUCCAACUCUUUCCUAGAAGUGCCGAGAAUGAUCACUCAGGCCCAGGCGGCGGCCUUCUUCCUGACAAUGCAGGAUGGUUCGACUCGACGCUGGGCUUGGCCCUUUGCGGGGACUACUUCACAGAAGUUCCAGGUCGGGCCCUUAGUGCUGCGGUAAGUGGUAGAGCAGCGGCGAAAGCCAUUCUCGCGAAGGUUGAUACAACAGAUGGUGGGGCUAGUGCAGCACGCAUGUAACACUAUACAUCCCCUCAUCAGAAAAGACAUCACAAAAGUUCUUGGGUGGGUAUACAUCGAAGAUGCAAUAAAUGCACAUGAUGAGUUAAACUUUUUCAAAAAAAUGAAAAUAAACUAGAAACAACGCAUCAUCAUGAUUAGUCCAAG